AUGGGUCACAGCUGCUUUAUUGCAGGCGCCGACUUCUCUGUCCAUGGUGAUGAUCAAAUUGCCAGAUUGAAGAGGGAGCUCCAAGACCACCUGCGGCGUUUAUACAGCUUUGCUUCUGAGGGCAUCACCGAGCGCUGGCAGCGGCAGCCCCUGGAGGACGUCUACACGCAGCUAGACGUCACCUACGGGACAGACGUCAGCCCGGACGGGCGGCAUGAGGUCCUCCAGAUGGAGACGUGUCCCGCCGCGGCCAAGCAGUCUAUCCUGCCGUGUGACAUCUUCAAAAGCCCUGACGGGAACCGGCGACCGAUACGCACGAUGCUCACCGUCGGCUUCGCGGGAAUAGGAAAAACCUUCCUAGUUCAAAAAUUUGUGUGUGACUGGGCCAGCGGGAAUACCAACCAGGACGUGCACUUCAUAUUUCCCUUCACAUUCCGUGAGUUAAACACGAACAAAGGGAAACGUUUUACGCUGGCCGAGCUCAUCCGAUGCUACGUUUGCGAAAGUAGGCACAUGGGCGAGGAGACGCUGAACAUUAUAUUAGACGACCUGCAGAAGUCCGGGAAACAGGACUAUGAAAGCAGCAGGAUCAAGAUCUUGUUUAUCCUCGACGGACUGGAUGAGUGCAACUUCAAAAUGAACUUGAAGAAUACGAAGAAAGUGGGCAUGGAUGUGAAGGUGGCCUACCCGCUGGAGGUGCUCCUGGCGCACCUCAUCAAGGGCAACCUGCUUCCCUGUGCCCGGGUUUGGAUCACCACGCGGCCCACAGCGGCCCGCGAUAUCCCCUCCAACCUCAUCGACAGCAGCACAGUGGUGAGAGGAUUCAGCGAUUCCCGGAGGCUGCAGUAUUUUAGGAAAAAGUUCCCAAAUGAGGAACGCGUCAUUGAGCACAUUCAGAAAUCUCGCACUAUCUUCAUCAUGUGCCACAUUCCCAUGUUCUGCUGGCUCACCGCCACAGUUCUUCAGGAUCAUUUGGACAAAGGGAAGGAGGGAGAGCUUCCCACAACACUGACUGACAUGUACUCAGCAUUGGCAGGUCACCACCUGGAAAACUCCAAGGAGAGAAAUACAACGGAGCACAUCCCUUACGUGAAAGUGUUAGCAAAACUGGCUUUUCACCACACCAUGAAUAAUCGUCGGAUCUUCUACGAAAAGGACCUGGUGGACGGCAGCUUUGAUUACAGCGAAGCUGCAAAACACUGUGGUUUAUUCACAGAGGUGUUUAACGAUGUCCAUCCGCUCAGAAGAAAAGAACAGGACAAGAUGUUUCAAUUUAUCCAUCUAACCAUCCAGGAGUAUCUGGCCGCACUGUACGUAAUGAUGUGUCUCUUCCACGACAACAAGAACGUACUGAAUGAUUCAGGAUUGUCACUGGGGAAUAGUUUUUCAACACAGACGACAAUCACCGACGUCCACAAGUCAGCUCUCAAGAAAGCUUCGGAGAGUGAAGGACACCUGGACCUGUUCCUCCGCUUCCUCAUCGGCCUUUCCUUGCCGUGCAACCAGGAACUAUUGGGGGAACUGCUGAAGGCUCCACAGGGCUGCGGGCAAAGCAAGUCAAAGACAGUCGAGUUGAUCAAGAAAAAGAUCAAACAGAACACUCCAGAGAAGAACAUCAACCUGUUCUACUGCUUAAACGAGCUGAAGGACAACUCCUUGCAGAAGCAGAUCCAGCAGGAACUAGAUUCAGGACGUUUGUCCUGGCGUCAAAUGUCAAAUGAAAUGUGGUCGGCCCUGGCCUUCUUCUUGUUUACAGACGAGGAAACCAUGAAGUCUUUUAUUCUUGCCAGCUACUCCCCAUCGCCGCUGGGGCUCGAGAAGCUGCUGUUGGUGGUCAAGGCUUCUCAAAAAUCAGUUCUAGCCAACUGUGACCUGGACAAACGCAGUUGUCACCUGAUGGCUUCCGUUCUCAACGCUCCGUCCAACCUGAGGCAUCUGGACCUAAGUGUCAACAACAAUGUGUCGGACGAGGGGGUCGAGAUCCUCUCAAAAGGAUUGGCCAGUCCGCACUGCAUCUUACAAGUCCUCAAGCUAUCACAGUGCGGGAUCACCAGUGGAGGAUGUGUUUCAUUGGCUGAGGCUCUCAAGUUGAACCCCAUCCAUCUUCAAGAGCUUGACCUGAGCGGCAACAAUCUGUCAGAUGAGGGGGUUGAGAUCCUCUCAAAAGGACUGGCCAGCCCACGCGGCAUCUUAAAAGUCCUCAGGCUGUACGACUGUGGGAUCACCAACAAAGGAUGCAUUUCAUUGGCCAAGGUGCUCAAGGUAAAACCCUGCCAUCUUCAAGAGUUGAUUCUCAGCGACAAUCGAAUAGAGGAAGAAGGAAAGAGGGUCUUAUUGGAGAUCAGGGAGGAUCCAAGCUACAGUCUGAAGACUGUCAAGAGGUCAGCGUCGGGUUCUUUGCAGCAACGCCGCUACUGGGAGGCGGAGUUCAAGGGGAAGGUCUAUGACGUUUCCACCAAACUGUGUGCAGAUGUUUUCAUCCAUAUGUACUGGGAGGGGCCAUCCAAAAAGGAACUCUUGGGGGAACUGCUAAAGGCUCCUCAGGACUGCGGGCAAAGCAAGUUAAAGGCAGUCAAGUUGAUCAAGGAAAGGAUAAAACGGAACCCUCCGGAGAAGGACAUCAACUUGUUCUACUGCUUAAAUGAGUUGAAGGACGCCUCCUUGCUGAAGCAGUUCCAGAACAAAUGCGACGACGAAACCAUGAAGUCCUUUUACCUGGGGAAAUACGUCCCAUUGCCUUUAGAGCUCGAGAAGCUGUUGUUGGUGGUGAAAGCUUCUCAAAAAUCAAAUGGCAAACUGCCAAUGGCCAACAACCGAUGCAUAGGGCAGCAGCCCAUUACUAGUUUGUCACAGAAGCCCAAGAAGAACCCUCAAUUCUAUGAGGACUUCAAGGGUUUCAUGGACAGAGUCAUCCAAAAGGGCAAUGAUAUUCAAGUUGUAGAUGACCAGCUAAACAGUGGUUUACCAGGAGGAAGAAUGGCUCUGGACAGUGAGCAGAAGAAGCUUCUGUUGAAAACGCUGAUGGAUCUUGGGGUACGUAAAAACCCCCUCCGUGUGUACAUUGCUGACAAGCUGGUGAUCAAGCGCGGCGAGAACACUCUGGAUGAGACCAUCAAGAUUCUGGAGAAGAUAGGCAACAAGAACUUGGUCAAGAUGUUGCGUCGCAACAUGCUGGAAAUAAGAGGCACUGUCCAUUAUGAUGUUCAGAUUGCCAUAUUCAAGGAUGACCUGCAAGACAAACUGCGGGAUGUAUACAGCUUUGUUCAUGAGGGCAACAUCGAGCUCUGGCAGAAACAGCCUCUGGCGGACGUCUACACAGAGCUGGACGUCACCUACGGAGCCGACGUCAGCCCCGAUGAGCGACACGAGGUCCUUCAGCUGGAGACACGUGCAGCCGCGGCCAAUCAGUCUAUCCUGCCGUGCGACAUCUUCAAAAACCAUGACGGGAAGACCCGCCCGAUACGCACACUUCUCACCAUUGGCUUUGCUGGAAUUGGGAAAACCUUCUUAGUUCAAAAGUUUGUGUGCGACUGGGCCAGCAGGAAUACCAAUCAGGAUGUCCACUUCAUAUUUCCCUUCACCUUCCGUGAGUUGAACACGGACAAAGGGAAAAAUUUUACGCUGGCCAAGCUGAUCCGACGCUACGUUUGCGAGAGUAGGCACAUGAGCGAGGAGACACUGAACAAUAUAUUUGCCGAACUGCAGAUGUCCGGGAAGCAGGACUACGAAAGCAGCGGGAUCAAGAUCUUGUUUGUCUUGGACGGACUGGACGAGUGCAACUUCGAAAUGGACUUGAAGAAUGAGAUGAAAGUAGACAUGAACGUGACGGAGGCCUACCCGCUGGAGAUGCUCCUGGCGCACCUCAUAAAAAGGAACCUCCUUCCCUGCGCCCGGGUUUGGAUAACCGCGCGGCCCGCCACGGCCCGCGAUAUCCCCUCGCACCUCAUCGACAGCAUUAUCGAGGUGAGAGGAUUCAGUGAUUCCCGGAGGCUGGAUUACUUCAGGAAAAAGUUCCCAAAUGAGGAGCGUGUCAUUGAGCACAUCCGGAAAACUCGCACCAUCUUCAUCAUGUGCUGCAUGCCCAUCUUCUGCUGGCUAACCGCCAAAGUUCUUCAGGAUCAUUUGGAUUUGAAAAGAAAGGAGGAAGAGCUUCCCACGACGCUGACCGACAUGUACUCACGGUAUGUGUUUCACCAACUGAAAAGCUCAGAGGAGAGACAGAUGACGGACUACAUCCAUGACCUGAAAGCGCUAGCGAAGCUGGCCUUUCACCACACCAUGAACAAGAGUCAGAUCUUCUACGAAAACGACCUGACGGACAGUGGCUUUGAUUACAGCCAAGCCGCCAAACAUUGUGGAAUAUUCACCAAGGUGUUUAAGGAGGUACGUCCGCUCAAAAGAAACCAACCGAGCAAGAUGUUUCAGUUCGUCCACCUGACCGUCCAGGAGUAUCUGGCCGCAUUCCACGUGAUGAUUUGCCUCUUCCUCGACAACAAGAACAUUCUGGCUGAUUCAGAGCUGGCACUGGAGGGUAUUUUCCAAGAGGAAGAAUCAGAAGAACCAGAAUCAGAGGAAGAAGUUGAAAGGGAAUCAGAAGAUGAAGGAAAAGGUACAGAGGAAGAAGUUGAAACAGAAUCAGAAGAUGACGAUGAAGAGAGCCUCAGAGAGUGGAGGAAAUCUGGACCUGUUCUCCGUUUCCUCUUUGGCCUUUCCUUGCCGUGCAACCAAGAACUAGUGGGGGAACUGCUCAAGGCUCCCCAGGACUGCAGGCAAAGCAAGUCAUGGACAGUCAAGUUGAUCAAGGAAAGGAUAAAACGGAACCCUCCGGAGAAGAAUAUCAACUUGUUCUCCUGCUUAAAUGAGCUGAAGGACGACUCCUUGCUGAAGCAGGUCCAGAGGAAAAUAGAGUCAAAAUAUAUUGACUGGGACAACAUGCAAAAUGACAUGUGGUCUGCCCUUGCUUUUUUCUUAAUGACAGACGACGAAACCAUGAAGUCCUUUGACCUGUCUAAAUACAACCCAUCGCCUUUGGGGCUCAAGAAGCUGUUGGUGGUGGUCAAGGCUUCUCAAAAAUCCGCUCUAAGGUUUUGUAACCUGGACAAACACAGCUGUCACCUGCUGGCUUCCGUUCUCAGCUCUCCAUCCAACCUGAGGCAUCUGGACCUGAGCGGGAACGAUCUGUCGUACGAAGGUGUGGAGAUCCUCUCGAAAGGACUGGCCAGUCCACGCUGCAUCUUACAAGUCCUCAGGCUGAUAAACUGCGGAAUCACAAAGCGAGGGUGUGCUUUUUUGGCUGAGGCUCUCCAGUUAAACCCCUCCCGUCUUCAAGAGCUGGUCCUGAGCGGCAACCAUCUGUCGGAUGUGGGAGUGAAGAUCCUCUCAAAAGGACUGGCCAGCCCACACUGCAUCUUACAGGUCCUCGAUCUAUGGGAUUGUAAGCUCAGAAAAGGCAGCUGUCACCCGCUGGCUUCCGUUCUCAGCACUCCAUCCAACCUGAAGCAUCUGGACCUGAGCGAGAACAAUCUCUCUGACGAGGGGGUAGAGAUCCUCUCUAAAGGACUGGCCAGUACGCACUGCAAAUUAGAGUCCCUCAAUCUACAUGAUUGUAACCUGAAAAAAGGCAGCUGUCGCCCGCUGGCUUCAGUUCUACGCUCUUCAUCCAACCUGAAGCAUCUGAUCCUGUACGAGAACGAUCUGUCGGACGAAGGGGUGGAGAUCCUUUCGAAAGGACUGGCCAGUCCACACUGCAUCUUAGAGUCCCUCGAGCUGUCAUCGUGCAAGAUCACCAAUAAAGGAUGUGUUUUUUUGGCCGAGGCGCUCAAGUUAAACCCCUCCCAUCUUAAAGAGCUAUACCUGACGGACAAUCAAAUAGGAUAUGAAGGAGAGAGGGUCUUAUUGGACGUCCAGUGGGAUCUCAGCAAUCGCCUGAACACUGUCUGGUAG